AUCCUCCUAGUAUCUGCUGGGAUGGUAGGAAAUUUUCUCGUUAUCCUCACCCUUCUUCGUCGGCGCUAUCAGUCCGUAUUCUCUACAAUCUUUUUCAUCCACCAAACGAUGAUCGACUUCGUUGUAUGCCUCCUCUGUAUCACAGUAGUGCCGAGGCGCAAAGAUGCUCUCUUAAGCCGAUCGGGAAACCUUGACAACUAUCGCAUAGCCGCAACUUCCUCCACCAACGUCACAGUCGCAAGCACAAAGGAAAGGAUUCAACUGUCUAAUAAUACCACUAACCUGGCUAGCAUACCACGUUCUGGCAACUAUUCUGUCGGAUUGCUGAGUUUGGCCCAUGGGUCGGCAGAUCAGAAAGUGAACCUAAGCCUUGAUACAGAUAGAAAAUUUGAUUGGUACACUGUAGAAGCAAGCUCUAUAACACAAGUAAUAGGAGCUAGUGGUUACUGGAGCAAUCUUGCCGAAGUACUUCGUUGUCAC